GUCACCCAGUCUCAUCACCGCCUGAAACUGAAAAUUUCAGACAGACCACGUGUAGUAGAGCAAUAAGUUCACAUACAAAGGUUCUGUCAACUUAAAACAUUUUUCAACACCACCACCACCACCGUUUCGCCAUCACUCUUUUCCAUGAAUUAAGAUAGAGAACAGAACAGACACAUAAUCUCGCUAGAUGGAGAAGUUCUCGUACAACUCGUAUCCAGAUUCAACUGACUCGUCUCCAAGAUCUCGCGAGAUCGACUUCGACAACCCGCCGCCAUGGGACGAUCAGAACCACCACCACAACCACCAGCAGCAGACACAGAGCUACAAGGUGAAGUUCAUGUGCAGCUACAACGGCAAGAUUCAGCCUCGUCCUCACGAUAACCAGCUCACUUACGUAAACGGCGAAACCAAGAUCCUCUCCGUAGAUCGCGGGAUCAGGUUCCCCGUCUUAGCUUCCAAGCUCUCCGCCGUCUGCGGCGAAGGCGGCGGAGGAGGAGGAGACGUGCUGUUCAAGUAUCAGCUUCCGGGAGAAGACCUAGACGCGUUGAUCUCCGUUACCAACGAUGAUGAUCUCGAGCACAUGAUGCACGAGUACGAUCGCUUGCUUCGUGUGUCGUCUAAGCCAGCGAGGAUGCGUCUCUUCCUCUUCCCCUCGGCUUCCUCCGGAGGGUUUGGAUCGGAGGGUUCGACUCAGUCGGAUCGUGAUCGCUUCGUUGAGGCGUUGAAUACUGUUCGGAGCAGGCCUGAAUCGGAGAAAUCUGUAACCGCUCCUCCGAGUAACGCGGAUUUUUUAUUUGGAUCGGAGAAAGUUGUGUCGUCUCCUCCGCCGCAACCACCGCAUGAGGUGAAGUUGCCGGUUCCGGUGGCGCUUGAACCUCCUCUGUUCAAUGAUCCGCGCGUGAUUCAACAGGAAGCUGUGUAUAGAAGGAAGAGCGAAGACAUCGGAGGAGGUUACUUCUCUCCGACGUACGCCGCUCAAAAUCCUGCGCCGCCGCCGCCUCCGCCUCCGCAGCCGACGAUUCCUUUAACUAAUCAGCAAGCUCCUCCGGUGACGUUCUGGCAAGGGAGCCAUAAUAAUAAUCCAGGAGGCGUGUUUCCAACAACCGCGCCGGGGUUGGGAUUACCGGAGCAGCCGGUGUACAUGAUUUCAUCUCCAUCUCCAACUCCACAUCCAGGAAGUGUAUACCACGCGCCUCCACAGCAACCGCAAGGGGUCAUGAGACCGGUGGUUACAGGACAAGUAAACCAAGGCGGCUACUAUCCUUACAGGGAACAGCACCAACCGGCGUACAGCAUGACUCAACCACCAGUAGGAGUAGCAAAGGGACAGCCACAACAGCAACAACAACAACAACAAGCUCCUCUGCCUUUUACCUCCGGUCCUCCUCCUCCUCUACCGCAAUACUCAGCCGUUCCACCGCCACAGCAAGUAGUGGGAUUAGCAGAUACAAGGGGGUACACUCAGGUGACUUACGCGGGAGGAAUGGGGAAACAAGUGUACUACACGGACGCACCACCUCCAGGUCCUCCACAGUACCAUGGAAUUGGUUUACCUGUGACCGGUGGUAUGAGCGAAUUGAGAACCGGACCGGACGGGAAGCUUGUUGCUAUGAACAUGGCACCCAAGGUUUCAUCACAGAACUCAGAUUCUGCUGUGUGAUGAUGAGGUAUAUAUUUGUGAAAACCACUACAAAUUUCAAUCAUCAUCAUAUAUAAUGUAAUUGAGAUUACUUUGGUAUUUGAAUGUCUCAUAAAUAAUGUUUUUUUUUACCCUUGCAUCUACUUCCUUUAUGAUGUUAUGAACUUAUGAUGUUCUUCUUGAUUCUGCAUUUUCUAUAAUUUUUUGUCUUGU